ACUUAUAUAUAUAUAUACAUGUAGUUGGAACGGCCAUGUCGUGUCGCCCGUUAUGUUGGCUUCCACCGCAGUUGGUUCGCCGUGGCCUGCGCAUCCUGGUUGGUGCAAUCCUUGUCUUUUUUAUCGCAUGGUGUUUCAUAGCAGGUGAGGAUGGUCCAGGAGAAAACUUAAGUCUCGGCUUGUCCUUGGGAUUGCUACUCGUUGUCAUCCAUGUUCCUGAAGCAGGCACGGAGCGAAACCUGCCCUUCAGCUGCCGGGUCAUUUUUUGUGCAAUCAUUGGCGCCUCGACCUUAUAUGCAGCCUCAUGGCCCUGGCACCACCUCCCUCGGUUUGUCCCAGACCACCGUGCACAAUGCGACAAGUGGAUGAUGCUUUCCGCUUUGUUGAUCGUGGCAGCUGUUUACAUUCUUUGCAUCCUCAAAAGCCACCCCCGCACAACUUAUACAAAUGAUGCAAAAUGGUGCAUGUUCUGUUGGCUGCUGGCAACCGUUGCCUACCAAUUCUGCGGGGACGGAGGCUUGUUCGGGCACUCUCGUCAAGCUGGCGAAAUGAGCCUAACAGUCUCGGUUUUGGUGGCUGUACACGGGGUGGUCAUUGGAUGGAUGCUAAUUCUUUUUGAGACUCGAAUCAGACAGCUUGGCUUGGGCAAAUCGACAUCCCGACUUUGGGUUUGUGUGAUGAGUGGCUCCUUUAUGCUAAGUUCAGUGUGCAUGUCUUUUCACGCUGUGUCCAAGCUGCUGGCACUCAUUGGCUUGCUUAUAACACAAGCGGUUUUCCUCACAAUAUGGUUGACCUGCAGUACCAUGGCCUGCCGGACCUGUUGCCAUGGCAUUCACGUGUUAAUGCUAGAAAGCAAGAGUGUCAGCGGUGUCCCCAAGCAACAUGCACUGUGGGCUGCUCAAAUCCUACGGAAGGAGCUUUUUCUUGGCGCAACGCUAUUCACUGCAGUCUUUGCCACAGUUCUCACAGUUGACUGUGUCAGGUACUUUGCAAUACUUCAUCCCAUGGAGUAUGAGCGAGACAAAGAGAGCUACUGGACCAUUGCGAGUGCUCUUCGUUGUUUCCUAGUCGUGGUUGCAACAGUGGACCUGGCACUUUUUUCUGGGAUCCUUUGGCAAGGAUCCCCACCCAAGGAGAAUGCUGAGCUGGAGUCCUCACGCGAAGUCGCAACAGCCUCCAUGCUGGACUUUCUGGAUGCUUCUCAGCAUGCAAUGUACUGCACCAAAGUGCAAGAGCUGGCACACAGAGGCUUCCACUUGCAAUCACUGCUGAAUUUCUGGGAAGAGCUGCUCGAGGGUGAUGUGAUGCCCAGUUUUGACCCUCGAUGGUCCCAGACCAACGACGUGGUGCGACAAGCCAUCAUCCCGUCAUCUCGCGUGGAGGAGGGUGGCCGGGCGUUGGCAGAGAUUUGGGAAGAGCGGCCGGUACUUCCGCAGAACAUGGUCACUCACCACUGGAGCAACAGCUUUGCGCAUUUGGUGGGAGCAAUGCUGGCAGAUGCGUUGGAGAGGAUGACCUAUGAGGAGCUUGCCGAGGAGCUUUGCAGCUUGAGUGGGGUCACCCACAUCAGGAGGAAGCUACGAGAAGCGCAACGACUGGAGUCUACCUAUUGGGUUUGCGCCUUUUCGGUGAACCAACAUGCGAGCAUUUGUGGAGGGUAUGGGCCAGAGCCACGAAGAGGAACUGCAGAUUGGAAGGAGUGGGACAAGAAGAGGCAUGACUCUGUGAGUUUUCACCGUUUCAAGCUGUGUGAUUGCCACGAGCCUAAGCUGAUGAGCCAUCAAGAGGCUGCGUGCGAACUGAAUAAG